AUGGCGCUCGUGAAUGAUGAAGACCUCGUCUCCUCGCUGUCCAUUCCCGGAACUCAUGAUUCGGCGGCAUACACGCAACCAUGGCCCUUUGUCGCCACUCAGACCAUGAAUAUUGCAGAGCAACUCCAUGCUGGCAUUCGCUACUUCGAUCUGCGCUGUGGCGUGGUAAACAACAGCACGGAAAUGGUCCACGGGCCUCGUCUGCUGGGUUUACGUUUGCAGACGGUGCUGGACACCAUGUACACUUGGCUGGACUCCCAUCCCACUGAGGGACUGAUUGUACAGAUCAAAGAAGAUCGCAAGUCGGAGCAAUCCACGGUCCCUUUUUGGCAGGCAAUAUAUCAAAAUAUUGCAGCUAAAUCGGAGCGCUGGCGAACAGCGAAUACUACUCCCUCGAUGGGAGAGUUGAGGGGUAAGAUCCAGCUCUUGCGACGAUACAGUGCUCCGAGCAGAAUGGCAUAUGGCAUUGAUGUCACGCAGUGGCAGGAUAAUCCCAGCACGCCCUUCACCAUAUAUACCUGGCACCAGGUCCAGCUCACUAUCCAAGACCAUUAUAACUUCUCGGAGCCCAUGGCCCUCCCAUCGUUGCUGGCCAAAAAGGGAGGCGAUGUGUCGGGACUCCUACAAAAGGCAUACAACGACCCCGAUCCUUGUCAUUGGUAUAUCAAUUUCACGAGUGCUUACGAAUUCAACCUGUACUACCAACUCACCCCGCGCGCAAUUGCCGUUGGCGCCUAUUAUGGAUUCCGCUGGGAGCAAGGCAUGAACCCACGAUUGAGCAACUCGUUGCGCGUCAACCCCGGUCGUAGACGACUGGGAAUUGUCGCCAUGGACUUUCCUGAUAACGGCAGUGACGACUUGAUUCAGUUGAUCAUCCAAUCCAAUUUUGCCCCUGGCCGAAUGAGCUGGCACAUGAUUCUCCUCGGGCUGUCGCUGUUUGCGGGCAGCUCGGAUGGGACGAAGAGAUGCAUUGAUUAUCUCCUUGGUCCUUGAUGUUCUCUUCCCGCUGUCAUGUUGUCUGCACUACAUUCGAAGGGAGAUCAAGCCGAAAAGGCUACAUAUAUAUAUAUGUCAUCUGCGAUCUGCUUGACGAGGCGCAGCUCGGUCACCAUAUCUUCAGACUCAAGGCCUUUCCGUUUCUAUGGAGUGCAGCCCCGUCGUCUGUGAACUCACUCCGAGACUGACUUUGCAAUGCACUGUCUGUGCUCUCGCCGGAAAGCGACGUACGAUGCAUCAAUUCCUCCUUGCACUCGAGCUCUAGGAGUCUACUCGUCACAACGCCAAUCAUCACGUUCUAGUCUCGAGGAAGACUCUCCAGUGGCUCCCAAUCUCCAUCCUGGGAAGUAGCGUACUCGACAUAGGUAAAUUACCACAUUGAGUCCGCUGAGGAGCCUCGUCGCGACCCGAUCCAACCCGCCCCUGCUGCAGUGGACGAAUUGGCGUAAUUUCCACAGCUGACGUGGAUCCCCUGAUAGCAGUCCGAACGGCCUUUCAAGGCAGCCAAUAUAGAACUUGGCGUAUCUGCGAGUAGAGAAAGCACCAGCAGCUCCCUCACAAGACUUUUCUUGAAAGAGUCCCAACCGAGCGAAACCAGCUCGUCAAGACGGCUAGUAUUACAUCACAAUCCCCGAUUGCAGCCUUCGUUGCGACUCCUGGUGCACAUGAGUCUAAAUGUGAUCCCCGACGUCGAUGCAACGUCAGAAGAAGAGAGAGCAGCAGCAGCAGCAGCGAAUC